AGCGCAGUAGUGCGCAGCUUGACUCUUGUUUACCAGCGUCAGAUGUUACGACGUAAAUAAAAUUGUUUUUGGUUGUUACGUAAAAUUGGUUAAUCAGGUAUGGGAUCAACUGAAAUGUCUAAAGAUGCCUAACUCGUUGUUAGAAUAUGAGGUUUGGCCAAUUGAGUCGAUGAAGAGUGUGUGUCAUUGAUAUUAACCUGCAGUUUUGAGAAAUAUUGUAGUUGCUCAUAACCUCUUGAGAUAAAUUGCGUUUGUCACUGUUCUGUGCACAAUAUAAUUUUCCCAUUGAAUACUCUCUUAAGAUCUCAUCAGUAUGCGGAGAUCAUUUUAUCUGGCAAGUGCCUCAACAAAUAACUUGACAGAAGCAAUGAAGCUUUGUAGCUCUACAGUACAAGGAGUUCGGCAUCCCAACCACCUCACCAACCUUUAUCCUAAUUACAAGAAAGAGGAAAAAGGAUACUGCCCAGGUAUUCUCCGAACACUACAUCCUUCGGAGUACAACUCUACCAAACAUGUUCAAACCAGUCAACCACCUGGAGAAAACGAAGUCAUUGUUUUUGACCACCAAAAACAAGUCCAUGCCAAAGAGGAUACACAGGAGGAAAAAUACGAUGAAAUUAAUUUUCGUGAAGAACAAGAUUUACUAAAGAUGACUGAAUUAUUUCAUACGGAAGUAGAUGCAUGCUUCACUUGCACGAGGGAAGAUUCAACAUACCUACAGAUUGUCAAAAAGUUACGAAAUAUUUUCUUAGAUGCUCUGUUUGAGGAUGCCAAAAGAUAUUGUGUUGGUGACUCCCCAGGAGAGAUUCCAGAAACUCUAGAUCAAAGAAAAAGUGAAAUAUGGAGAGCUGAGAGAUCUAUUCGUUUUCCUGCUUCGAUGGCAAAAUACUUUAUAAAGCUUCCUCAAGUAUGCUAUGCUGAUGCUUUGAGAGAACAUUUAUGGACCUUACUUCCAGGUAUAGCUUCAAUGUAUGGUAUAGAAAUGGAGGAUAAAGCUCGUGUAGAUUACAUUAAAUGGGCUCAGGCUCAAGAUGAAACAACUACUGUUCAGCAAACAGGAAUGUGGGUAAAUCCUGCUUUCCCACAAUUGUCUUGUAGUCCAGAUGGUAUUGUGAGAUCCCAAAAAUCUCCGCCAAAGCUUUUAGAAAUCAAGUGUCCAGAGUUUAUAAAAAAUGCGAACUUUGCCGACUUUGAAAGUUGUAUUCGCAGUUUAGGUUUAGAUUAUACAAAUUUUUGCCUUCAAAAAAAUUCUGAUGGUACUCUUUCUUUGAAAAGGAAUAGCUCAUUUUGGUUUCAAAUGCAAGUAUCAAUGGGAAUUCUUAAUUUUGAAGAAAGUCAUUUAAUGCUCUGGAGUCCCAAUGGAUUCCUCAUUUGUACUGUUAAGUUUGAUUCAGAUUGGUGGGAGUUGAGUAAGAAGAGACUUAUUCAGUUGCAUGCUGAGCUAUGGGUACCUGAAUACUUCUUAAUGAGAAUUCCUCGUUAUUUACGACCAUUGAGAAUACCUUUCGAGAUGGAGUGACAUUUCUGUGUUUGCUGUUUUUGUUGUUGUUUUUCUAUGAAUGAGUUAACAUUUAUACGAAACCGUGUGAAAAAUUAUGUGUAAGUUAAUAUCUUUUUAUAAAAGGCUGACAGUAUUAUAUAUUUUAACUUGUGAUUUAGUAAAUUUAGGAACUAUUUGGAUGACUCAAUCUAUGCAAUCUAUGCAAUCUGAGCAAAUAGCAAUAAAUGCCAAACAUUA